AUGGAUUUCCUCAAUUCCACCGAAGGGGUGUUUGCUACAAGCAGCGAGGGAAAUUACUCACUGGAUACCAAUAAACUCCCUCCCAGUAAGACCCUGCUCACGCUGACCCUGUCUGUACUGGCCAUCCUGACGACAUUCUUCAACUGCCUGGUGAUCACAGCUAUCGCAGUGACCCGCAAGUUGCACCACCCAGCCAACUACCUCAUCUGCUCAUUAGCAGUGACCGACCUGCUGGUGGCGGUGCUGGUCAUGCCCUUCAGCAUCGUCUACAUCCAGAAAGAGAGCUGGGUCAUGGGCCAGGUGUUCUGUACCAUCUGGCUGAGUGUGGAUAUCACCUGUUGCACAUGCUCCAUCCUGCACCUUGCUGCUAUCGCCAUCGACCGUUACCGGGCCAUUACUGAUGCAGUUGAGUACUCUCGCAUACGCACAGGGGCCAGGGCCGGCGCGAUGGUAGCAUUUGUGUGGUUUUUGUCCAUCCUAAUCUCACUUCCUCCUCUACUGUGGCGGUACUACAGCGGGGACGCAGACUACGUAGACCAGUGCAUCAUCGUCCACCAUCACAUGGCUUUCACCUUGUAUUCCACCCUUGGAGCUUUUUACAUCCCCCUGCUGCUCAUCCUCAUCCUCUACUACAAAAUCUACCGGGCCGCACAGACCCUCUAUAUGCGCAGAGAGGCCAGCCGAGCCAGCCGUCACUCAUGCAUGACCAAUGGGAGCAUGAUCCCCUCGUCCUACCCUGCUGGAGAUGGUCAUGUUGAUGAGGGGCCUCGGAGUCCAGAGCCCAUUAAUCCACCGGAGAAGUCCUCUGAACCCUCAACUGAGGAACCUCCGCGCGAGCGGAAGCGUGCUUCGUCGAAGGCUUUCCGUUCCAAGUCACGCCGACAAGACUCGCGCAGUGAGUCACGUCGAAGCCAGUUUUACCAAGGACCGCGGAUCUCAGGCUCAAGGGAGCGCAAAGCGGCUUCCACAUUGGGGUUGAUCAUAGGGGCCUUUGUCAUCUGCUGGUUGCCAUUUUUUGUCAAGGAGGUCAUCGUCAACACCUGCAGUGCUUGCAGUACAUCAAUGGAGAUGGCCGACUUUCUGACUUGGUUGGGCUAUCUCAACUCGCUGAUCAACCCCCUCAUCUACACCAUCUUUAAUGAAGACUUCAAAAAAGCUUUCCAAAGACUUGUUAGGUGCAGUCAUUACCUCUGA